AAUGUCGACGAAAGGAGAAGUCUUUUUGAGAAAUAAUACCAUCUCCGUGUGUUGCAAGUAAUAAUAACAAGGAUGUGUUCGGCAAACGAACGAAAUCUCUGUUUGUUUUCGGUCGAAAUGGUUUGUUCGACUUUAAAAUAAGUGAGUUAAGCAAUCCGUACACUUACGUCGAACUUGGCGAGUGUCACUCUCGCGAACUGCCUCGUUGCAGUUCUUGCCUGGAAAACGAAAACCGCGAAAUAUUUCACACCUGCAUAAAGUGUUCAGAUUAAGACCGAAAACGCGGUCGAUCCCUGGUUUGGAUAUAUAUUGUUUGAUAUUUGUCUCACGCGAGAAGGAAACUACUGAAUCCUGAAGAGUUAGCGUUUUCAAGUGUCGCUGUCGGGAAGCCGUGUGGACUGUUUGGAAGGGAGGAGUGACGGUCCGCGCUUCAAACGUAUAAAACAAAUCUGUCCACGGUUCAGAAAAACAAAAAACAAGACAAGAUGAGCGGAGGGGAUGUGGUAUGUUCGGGCUGGUUAAGAAAGUCUCCACCAGAAAAAAAGUUGAGACGUUAUGCAUGGAAGAAGCGUUGGUUUGUGCUGCGGAGCGGGCGUCUGACCGGCGACCCCGACGUGCUGGAGUACUACAAGAAUGACCACGCCAAGAAGCCCAUUCGUGUGAUUGACCUGAACCUGUGUGAACAGGUGGACGCUGGCCUGACCUUUGACAAGAAAGACUUGGAGCACAGCUUCAUCUUCGACAUUAAAACCAUUGAUCGAGUCUUUUACCUGGUGGCCGACACAGAGGAGGACAUGAACAAGUGGGUACGCUGCAUCUGCGACAUCUGCGGCUUCAACCCCACGGACACAGAUGAAUCAGCAAAAGCGUCUCACCAGUUGAGCGGCGGUGUUAGUGGGGGACUUGUGGUGGAUGUUCCCCCUCACUCUGCCCUCGGGGGCGUGGUCGGCCCCUCUGGCCUGGCCAACGUCCCCCCCCCUUAUCAGCCGGUCAGCGUCCGACACCUGGAGUCUUCGUCCAGUCUGGAUGAACCACAAGACUACCUAUGGCUGGUGAACUGUGAGAGCAAGAAACCUGAGCCAAACAGUUCGUCUCUCUCUAUGAUGGAGGGAGAGCAGGUCUAUUUACUCCUGGAGGAGUGUGAGAGCCACAGUGCUCCACCUGACAAGUUGGGCCAUGGAGACUGCUCCAAGUCUACCUCCUCAGAGCCCGACUGCAACGACAACCUCCCUUCACACCGCACGCCCACCUCCUCUUCCUCCUCUGCCAAGCACACCUCCGCCAACGGUUUCUUCCCCUCCUCCCAGCACUCCGCUGCGCUGUACGACUCACCGCCUUCACGAGGAGCGUCCUUCUCCGCGGACGCUCAGGGCGUGUACCACCUGCCUCGGAGCUACUCGCAGGACACCGUGCUGCUCCCACCCAAGUCCACCUCCUCCGAACCCGACCAGGGCGAUGUGUACGUUUUUAACACGCCCGCACGAAAACCCUCCAUCGAGGCUCAGUUCCGUAACAUGUCCAUCAGCUACGACAUCCCUCCCACGCCCGGGAGCAACUGCACCUAUCAGGUGCCCCGGACGGCUGGAGGGGGAGGCGUAGACUCCGUCGCCGGGGCGACAGAUGUGGUCCCGCCCCCUCGACCUCCCAAACCUUCGUCCAUUCCGGCCGAGCGGUCGCCCACAGACACAUACUCGGUCCCUCGCUCUGUCUCGGAGACCGAGGGGAACUACUGCGUGCCGACGAGUGGCGGAGGAAACAAAGCGCUACGGAGCAACACCAUCGGAACAGUGGACUCCUCCCGCCUUCGGAAAGACUUUGGAUCCCAGGACUGCUACGACAUUCCCAGAUCCUUCCCGUCUGAUAAAAGCUACUCAUUUGACUUCAACGAAAGCUUCAACAAUUACUUUAAGAGUAAAGGUCUGCUGCCCAUGCCUAACGCCUCCACAGAGGAGGAGAGUGAAAAUUACGUCCCCAUGAGUGCCAACUCGCCAUCCCACCAGCGCUCCGGUAGUCUCUCUGAACCUGUACAAGAGCCCAAUUAUGUCCCCAUGACCCCGGGCACCGUGGAGUUUUCCUCUCUGGGCAAACAGGUCCCUCCGCCUGCCCACAUGGGCUUCCGCUCCAGCCCCAAAACCCCCCCACGAAGACCCGUGCCCAUCUCAGAAUGUCCCCCGCCCGUCGACCGUAACCUCAAACCAGACCGGAAAGGUCAGAGUCCAAAAGUAAUGAGAGCUAAGGGCGUCGGUCUGGAGCGCACUGACUCCCAGACCGUAGGUGAUUUCACCAGGCGCCGGAAGGUUAAACCUGCCCCUUUGGAGAUCAAGCCCUUGCCAGAGUGGGAGGAGCUAACGGCGCCCGUCCGUUCCCCCGUCACAAGGUCCUUCACCAGGGAUCCCUCCAGGUUUCCCCUGCCUGCGCGCCCUCCGUCAGUGCACAGCACCACCUCCAGCACUGACUCAGACGACUGCGAGGAGAGUUACGUAGCCAUGCAGGCUAGCAUGUCUGCAGACGAGCCCAACAUGAAACUGGGGGCGUCGAUGACGGCGGAUGGGGGGGGCAGCCCGAUGGUGAAGCCCAAAGGAGAUAAGCAGGUGGAAUAUCUGGACCUGGACCUAGACCCGGGCAAAUCCACUCCGCCACGCAAGAAGAAGACCAACGGGCCAGGCAUGGCUGUGUCAGAUGAGCGUGUUGACUAUGUGGUGGUGGACCAGCAGCGCACACAGGCUCUUAAAAGCACCCGCGAGGCUUGGAGCGAUGGGCGACAGUCCACAGAGACAGACACCCCGUCCAAAGGGCCAAAGUGACCGUGACCUCCCCAACCCCCUCCUCACGCGCCGCCUCUCCGGACCUUCGCGCUGGACCGGGGGGGUAGUGGACACUGCCUGGGGGAAGGGAAACCCGCUGAUGUCCAGACUGGCCUGGACACAGUUGGCUAAGAGACACAGCCCCUAUGCUUAUGUUUACACUGCCACUUGCCUGAGAACAGCUCCCUCUGCAGGACACGGAGACUUCCACACAUAAGCUGAGACAUGAGAGACUUGAGGAGGUGACCGGUGUUUUUUUGUGCGUGAGGAGGGAGGGCUCCGACCUCCCCCCGCCACUUAUCACGGCGGCGUGAGGGCUUGCGGUGGAGUGAGGAGCAGUGUUCAUUUCUGUUAAGGAGACAUUUAACCUCCUCUGGAGUGAUUUUUUUCUCUGACUGGGAGUGUUCUGCUCCUUUUGAUGAGUCCACACUGUCUGGCUUGGCUGAGGAGGUCUCAUCUGAUUGGUUUGGCAGUGUUCCUGGCAUUUCCACAGUCACAUACAUAGAGUUUUGGCAGACUAAUAACUGAAAUCGCUUUGAGAUUUUCCAAGUGUUGCAUUGGCGCCUUUCUGCCAGGGCUUAGCCGUCAGCCGGCUUUUAUUUCACAGACCAAAGCCUUCUCUCCGGACGUCGCCACCGCAACCUGCAAAGCUGCAAAACAGCUUCUCUUUAUGUAACUACUCACUUCUCUUUUAAACGUCAAUGAGUGGGCCAAUCCGAACUUUUGAAUUGUAUAACACAGACUCCAUCAUGUACGAGUGUUCUUUAUUUGUUUUCCUCUCGUUCAGAAGUGUCGGGGGCUUCACUUUUUUGCAGAAUGUGAGAUGUAGUUGUGACUGUAAAAUGCCUGUCCAUUAAUGGAAGUGCCCUUUCUGUGGACUGAAUUUCUGGGAUGUGAAAGUGAACGUGUUGAUUCUGCAGGAUAGAAUCUGUACCUCCUCAGUGGGAAUCGGGAACUGGGAAAUGUUAUGGAAAUGUCAUGGAAAUGUCAUGGAAAUGUUAUGGAUAUUAAGUUACAGAAUCGGUAACUGUGACAGCCAUUUAUUGGAAAGCGGAAGUUUUCCAUUUGUUUAUGCAAGGUAGUAAAAUAAAACAAAGUGCAGAAGUCAGGUACUCAUUUAAGUAAUUAACACAGCUAUUUGUUGUUAAGUAAUUAACACAGCUAUUUGUUGUUAAUUUAUUGUGUAUUUAGCAUUUUUCUGAUAAAUGCGAGCGGGUUUUUGACAGGUGAGGUUGAGUCGGUGACGUGAUGCUGUCUGAGAUGCAAAAUCAAAGCCAGUCGGGUGGUGUCAGGAGUGAAUCUUCAUUCUGGUUUUUUACCCACUGGCCUUUUCUCCUCAUGUAUUCUAUCUCCACUUCAACGACAAUAAUUUAUUUCCAAUAGAUUUAUUUCUAGAGACUAAUUAACUGCCUUAUCUUUAGGAGACUGUCUUUGUAUGUUUGUAAAUAGGAAUCGUUUUUGUCAUUUUAGCAGAAAUCAAGACUACAUUGAGAUAUGUCACUGUUUGUAUGAAAAAUAGCUUUACUAACAUUUUCACUCUCACAAGCCAAAGAAACACAGACUUGUGUUUCGACACCAUCUGCCGCUUCUGCCCUGUGUGUUUGCGCACACACACACACACACACACACACACACACACACAGAUACUUGGUGCAUGUUCCACUGUCAGUGAAAACAGAUCCAUGCCUUUUCUGCCUUCCAUUCGACUUAUAACUCUUUCUUUACAGGAGUGGACGGGUGCCUGAC